AUGUCAGAGUUGACUGCGCUGGCCGGGCCGCAGCCGCGUUUGCCCAUCGACCCGCGCGAGCGAGCGGGCAGCCAGGAAUCGCAAGUUCAAGGUGGUCCAGAUGCUGCUGGUCUGACACCCCGCGUGGCUGAGCCAUCUCAGGGCGACAUCGACUCACCGAAAGCCUGGACGGCGAAGAAGCCGCGGACCAGCUUUCGUGUUCUUGGUGCGCUGGUGCCG